AUGAGAGAUGUAGCAAGGAGGUUUCAUAUGAGGGACUUGGGUAAUGGAAGGCAUAUCUCGUUCUGGUUUGAUAAAUGGUGUGAAAGGGGCGUUAUAUUCUCUCUAUUGGGUGAGCGUGGCAUUGUGAGCAUGGGGAUCAGUAGAGAGGCCACAGUGGAGGAGGCGGUUAUGUGUGUUCGAAGAAGGAGGAGUCAUCGAUCUCAGUUGCUGAAUGAAGUUGUAGCUCAGUUAGUGCUGGCAAAGGAGAAGUUGAGCGUAGGAGUGGAAGAUGGUAAUUUGUGGAGAAGGAGAUCAGGAUAUAAAAAGGAAUUCUCGACUCAUGAAACCUGGUCACAAUUGAGAACCUUGGGGGAGAGUUGCAGUUGGUCUAAAGCCGUUUGGUUCUCUCAGGCGGCCCCAAAAUAUGUGUUUAUGGCAUGGCUUGCAGUAAGAGAUAGAUUGGCUACUAUGGAUAGAGUCUCUAAGUGGAGGCAGGGUGCUGAUGAGAUAUGGGAGUAUCAAACAAGUGGUAUUCUUCUCAGCGCUCAAACUAAUGUCUGA